AUGACCAAUCUGAAAAGCUUUGUAGCAAAUUUCGAUGCCGAACGGGACAGUGGACAACUCGAGGGAUGGAAGCAACGAAUUGCAAAUUUAUACCACGAUUUUCAGUCUAAUCGGUUGCAAAUUGAAUCGGCACUGGAUGAGACCGGUGAAUCAAAGACAGAUGAAAAGGGGAGCAAGAUUUCAGAGGAAGCUAAUAGGGCGAUUCGGCGAGCGUUUGAACAAGACUAUGUUAUGGUUUACAGUUUUCUCACCAAUAUACUGUGUAAGUCUGAAGCGAAAGUACAGAUGAUGCUGCCAUCCCCUUCUAGAGAUUGCGUUAACGCCCCAGAUCAUUCGCUCUCUCGUAUAAAACUACCAGAAGUUAGGCUUCCAACCUUUGAUGGAUCCAUUUCAGAGUGGAUAACAUUUCGUGAUACAUUUAAAUCUCUCAUAGACUCGAAUCCCCAGCUUUCGCCAAUCGAUAAAUUGUCGUAUCUCGUUGCUUCCUUGUCAAAAGAUGCCAGAAAGGUAAUUGAAUCGAUCGAGCACACCGCCGCCAAUUAUACCGUUGCAUGGCAUCUGUUAGAAAGGCGUUUUGACAAUAAAAAACUAGUGGUAAAAACGUAUAUUGACAGUCUAUUCUCAAUUGAUUCAAUGAAAAGGGAGUCGUAUGAGUCGCUGAUGCAACUGGUCGACGAUUUUGAGCGGAACCUGUGCAUGAUCGAAAAGAUGAACAUACCAACCGACGGUUGGAGCGUAUUGCUGGCGCACAUGGUUUGCAGUAGGCUUGAUCCUUCCACUCUGAAACAAUGGGAAAUCCAUCACAAAUCAACUGAUGUACCCACGUACCAUGAUGUUAUCGCAUUUCUUCGUACUCAUCUUACGGUGCUCCAAUCGUUGACGCCGUUCAAAUCUCGUUCGUUUGAUUAUGUGAAAUCGGAAACGGUCCGGUCGCAGAAGUCUAAAGUAAAUACAGUCCAUACAGCUACCAACUCAUCGCCCGGUACGUGUCCAUUUUGCUCAAAAUACGCACAUUCUCCGUUCAAAUGUGACGUGUUCCAAAAACUCUCCGUGGCGCUGCGCUUCGAGCAAGUAAAAAAGCUAAACCUCUGCAUCAAUUGUUUUUCCUCCUCCCACCUACUAAGGAAUUGCUCAUCCGGUGCAUGCAGAGUAUGUAACCAGAAGCACCAUACAAUGCUACACCAAUCACCGACCGAUCGCUCGUUCACCCAAUCGAAAUCACCUAUACCUAUCACUUCUAGUUCGCAACCACCGAAGUCGUCAAAGGACAAUCAACCUAACUCGUUAAACCAACCUUCAACUUCUCGAUCCUCGCCACCAGCAGAAUCCCAAACGCCAACAGCCACUGCCUCUAGCCUUGUUUCCACCACUCUCGUCGGAAGUUCCUGCAAUGUUCCUGCCACUGUACUGCUGCAAACAGCCAUUGUAAAGGUCUUCAAUUCAUAUGGGAACGCACAGUGGGCCAGAGCGCUCUUGGAUCCUGCUUCUCAGUUGAACUUAAUAACGGAAAAUCUCGUACAGAAAUGCCAGUUGCGUCGCUACUCCAAUCGUCAAGAAAUUGGUGGUGUAGGCAACUCUAUCGUCGUAUCGUACCAUGCGGUUACCAUUCGUAUUGGAUCUCGGUGUUCGGAUUUCCUCGCAGACGCACAGUGUCAUAUUCUUAAGAAAAUCACACGAGAACUUCCAGUUCGGUGUGUCGAUACUUCCCCAUGGCAUAUUCCAUCUAAUAUUGUCUUAGCAGACCCGAAAUUCCAUGAACCUGGACCCAUCGAUUUACUUAUCGGGAUGGAGUUGUAUUAUGACCUGUUGCUCGAAGGUUUUCUGAAACUGGGCCCAGAAAAACCAAUUUUGCAAGAAACUGUUUUCGGCUGGGUUGCUUCCGGAAAGGUCGGUUCCAGUCGUCCUGAGUCAACUCUUAAACUGGCACAUGUCACCAGCACACAGUCUCUCGAUGAACAACUAUCUCGCUUUUGGGAAAUAGAAUCAUGUUGGACUACCAGCACCCAAUCCUUAGAAGAAACCGCUUGUGAAAACCACUUUGCCGCAAGUGUAUUUCGAGAUCAGACCGGUCGCUUUGUUGUCACCCUUCCCAAACGAGCUGAAAUUCUAAAUCAACUGGGAAAUUCGAAGGAGAUUGCUACUCGCAGAUUUCGCGCUCUCGAACGCCGUUUUGAUGCUAAUCCUCACCUGAAGGAAUCUUACACGGUUUUUAUUGACGAAUACCAUCAACUUAACCACAUGCGGGAGAUCUCAGACAGUGAAGCUUCCGCGCCUAUAGCCUAUUACCUGCCACACCAUGGCGUCGAAAAGGUAGAAAGUACAACAACGAAACUGCGAGUCGUUUUCGACGCCUCAUGCCGCACUGAUACCGGAAUCUCAUUGAACCAGGCUCUCAUGGUGGGCCCAGUCAUCCAAGAUGAUCUGUUGUCAAUUAUUUUACGCUUCCGGAUGCAUCGAUAUGUCAUUAUCGCCGAUAUCGAAAAGAUGUUUCGCCAAAUACGUGUGCACCCGUCGGAUUACCCACUGCAACGUAUUCUUUGGCGAUGCUCAUCGUCUCAGCCCCUUCGUACUUUCGAACUUACGACAGUGACUUAUGGCACGGCCUCUGCUCCUUACUUGGCAACCAAGUGCCUUCAACGGCUGUCGGAGGAUGGAUCGAAUGAUUUCCCUCUUGCUUCUUUAGUCCUAGGUAAGGACUUUUAUAUGGACGAUAUGCCGACCGGGGUUGACAAUGAAGCUGAAGGGAGUGAACUGUGUCGACAACUGUUGCAGUUGCUCCAAUCUGCCGGUUUGAGCCUGCGUAAAUGGUCUUCGAAUUCCUCGACAAUUCUUUCCGAGAUCCCACCCGAACUUCGUGACGAACGAAGUACUCUAGCUCUUGACUCGCCCAUCACUCAAAUCAAAACUUUGGGCUUGCAUUGGCAGCCGUCCGACGAUGUGUUUCGUUAUUCCGUGCCCAAAUGGUCUCAGGAGGGACCGAUUUCUCGCCGUAUUGUACUGUCCGACACAGCUCGGCUCUACGAUCCUCUAGGGCUUAUUGGUCCAGUUGUAGUGAUCGCCAAACUUUUCGUACAAACCCUCUGGCGAACUUCUAAGAACUGGGAUGAUCCGCUAGACGAGGCCCAGCAGCAGCAUUGGUUGGAGUUUCGUAGCAGCUUAGAUAAAUUAGCCACAAUCGUUAUUCCGAGAUGGGUAGCGUUCGCUUCCGCUCCAGUCUCAAUAGAGAUGCACGGCUUUUGUGAUGCCUCCGAGAAAGCUUACGGGGCCUGCAUUUAUUUGCGGACAGUUUCCAUCGAUGGGAUGAUAUCCGUACGCCUAUUAGCCGCCAAAUCGAGAGUGGCUCCUCUUGGAGACUCGAAGAAACAAAGGCGUAUUUGUUUACCCCGGUUGGAACUUUCAUCAGCGCUCUUGUUGAGCCACCUCUACCAUAAGGUUCACACCAGUGUAGAAUUGAAAACCAAAUCCAUAUUCUGGACAGACUCGAUGAUUACUCUGCAUUGGCUUAGUUCGAGUCCAUCACGAUGGAAGACAUUUAUUGCUAAUCGCGUCUCGGAAGUGCAGCAUUUAACAAGUGGAGGUGUAUGGGCUCAUGUACCUGGCAUCGAGAAUCCUGCGGAUAUAAUCUCCCGAGGAAUGUAUCCAGAUCAACUGAAGCAAACAUCUCCGUGGUGGAGUGGAGCACCAUGGCUUAGCCGAUCCUCUCGUUUUUGGCCACCGCUAACCUGUCCAAUUACCGUCGAUUCCCUACCGCCAGAACUGCUGGAGGAAAAGGCUGUCUCAUUGCCAAUUCAAGUGUACCAGCCAAAUGAAAUUUUCUUCAUUCGAUCAUCGUUCUCAGCUCUCGUUCGUAUUGUUGCCUUACUUUGCCGCUUCAUUCAUAACAGCAAGCCCAACAACCGCAGUAGUAGGAGAUCAGGUUUACUAUGCACGAUGGAGCUCAAUGAAGCCGUGAAGGUCCUUGUUCGACUAGCACAGUCAGAAGUAUUCGCUCAAGAUAUCGCAGCAGUGUCCAAGGACGGUCAAGUGGGACCGAAAUCAGCUCUGAAACAUCACACUCCAAUUAUCGUCGAUGGGAUCCUCAGAAUUCGUGGCCGACUUCGACAUGCGGCCAUAUCUCUAGAUCGGAAACAUCCAAUGAUUCUGCCUGCGCGACAUCCCAUCACGAAAUCAAUACUUAACUACUAUCACCUAAAGAAUUUACACGCCGGACCACAACUGCUUGUAGCGUGCGUUCGGGAAAAAUUCUGGCCACUUCGCAUCCGCGAUUUGGCACGAAGCGUAGUGCAUUCCUGCAUAAGCUGCUUUCGUUGCCGUCCUCGAAACCUCGAGCAACUCAUGGGAGAUCUACCUCCAGACAGAGUUACCCCAACGUUGCCCUUUCUUAACACUGGAGUAGAUCUCUGUGGACCAUUUCUAUAUCGUAGCAGCAAAAGAGCGACUGCUAUAAAGUGCUACGUAGCAAUCUUCGUGUGCUUUGUCACAAAGGCAGUUCAUAUAGAGCUUGUCUACGACCUCUCCACUGCGUCGUUCAUAGCAGCAUUGCAUCGGUUCAUCGCUCGCAGAGGGAAGCCAAAUCAAAUAGAGUGCGACAACGCCAAAAACUUCGUGGGAACUUCAAGAGAACUGGGAGAGCUCGCCAAGCAGUUUCGUUCACAGCAGCAUCAAGAUGAAGUAAUCAACCGCUGUGCAGAUAACGGAAUAUCCUUCAAAUUCAUCCCGCCACGCAGCCCAAACUUCGGUGGCCUUUGGGAGGCGGCGGUUAAAUCGUUCAAACAGCACUUCCGUCGUACCGUUGGAAACUCUGUACUAUCACAGGAUGAGUUUGUGACACUUCUGGCCCGCAUCGAAGCUUGUUUAAACUCAAGGCCGCUCACACCACUCACAGCUGAUCCAAAUGAUGUGGAGGUAUUAACACCGGGUCACUUUCUCGUAUUUCGUCCACUGACAUGCUUUCCCGAACCUGACCUCUCCGGUGUCCCGCAAGGCCGACUUAGCCGUUGGCAAGAAAAUCAGCAACUCCUUCGGCGACUCUGGAAGCAGUGGACAAAGGACUAUCGUUCUGGACUCCACCCCCGAACCAAGUGGACGCGCAUCAGAGAUAACAUCUCCAUCGGCACGAUGGUUCUUCUAAAGGAGGAUAACCUCCCGCCUCUAAAAUGGAAGUACGGUAGAAUCACCAACAUCAUUCGUGGAGACGAUAACAACAUCCGCGUAGUCGACGUACGGACAGUAGAUGGAGAAUAUCGGCGUGCAAUCUCGAAAAUAUGCGUCCUUCCUACUCGUCAACCCACAACCGAGUCAGCUGGCGCUGCCAGUAUCAACCCAGAUGACCUCUAA